GGGCGCGGGCGUGGGAGGGGAAGGCGUGGCCGAGCUGCUUUGAUGCGCCAAGCGACAGAGUACGACGACGAAGGGUUCCGCCAGGAUCUCAUGGGAUUGAGCAAGUUCAAGAAGCCGCGCAAGAAGAUGCGCCGCGCCCUCCGCGAACAGAACCUCUCCUCGGACGUCUCCCGCCUCCUCUCCCAAGCCAACACGGCCUUUAUCACUCAAGGACCCGACGCCACCAUCGCCCUCCUCGAAGAAGUCAUCCGCAUCGAGCCCACCGUCCGCAGCGCAUGGUCCACCCUCGCCCUCUGCUUCCAAGACAAGGGGCUACGCGACAAGAACCUCCAAGCACGCAUCGUCGCGACCACCCUCACGCCUCGCGCCCCCGAGCUGUGGGUCGACCUCGCACACGAGAGCGAGCAGCAAGGCGAUACUCGACAGACGCUCUACUGCUUCGACCAGGCAAUCAAGGCCAGCCGAGAAAAGGGCAAGGCGGACGUCCUCGACGUGAUGUGGGAUCGGGCACACCUCCUCGCCGACUUGGGGGAGCAACGCGAGGCAAUGAUGGCAUUCAAGGCUCUCCUCAAGGUCCGCCCCCACAACAGCGAGGUCCUCAUCAGUCUUGUGCCCCUCCUCCUCUCAAUGGACCGACCAACGGACGCAAUCUCCCUCCUCGAGAAGUCGCGCGACUUCAACAUGAAGCAUUUCCCCAAUCCUACCCGCGGAGAAGGGCUUCGCUUCGCCUCGUACCGCAAUAGCGAGAUCGCUACGCUUGCCGACCUGAUGCUCAUCGUCAACGAGCCCCUCAACGCGCUGCACACUGUCCGCCAAGGCGCACGCUGGCUGCAAGGUCGAGCACACGAGACGUGGUGGGACGACGUGCUCGACGACGAUCGCGAGUUCGACCUGGACAGAGACGAGUCCGCACGCUCUGGAGAGCUCGGCCGUCGCGUAGAGCAUGCGCCCGUGUACGAGGAGCUGGACCCACAAUUUCGCCUACGCUUAGCCUUUGCCCGACUCCGCAUGGGAGACUGGGACGAGGCAUUUCGCCACUCGGAGCACUUUUUCGCCUCCACCGAUCCGCACGACCUGCACGCCCAGUGGGAGGAGUUGCUCGCCCUGUACAUCUCCAAUGGCAAGUUCGAAGAGGCCCUCGUGCAGCUGGAACGAAUGAUCGCGCUGGAUAGUCUACAGAUCCCCUCCCUGUACGUGAAAGUCGGGGUGUGCAAUCGCGCCCUCGACGAGCUGGAGAGCGCAGCCGCGUGCUUUGAGGCGGUACUGCAAUCGCAACCGGAUAACGCCGAGGUGAAGAUCCAGCUGGCCGAGGUGUACGAGGAUCAGGAUCGACGCGAGGAUGCGAUUCGGCUCAUCAGCGAGGUGUACGGUCAGCCAGAGGAGGGCGACGACGACGAGCAGGGAGAGACGAGCGCCGCCGCACCUCGCCGCGCUCGCACGCGCGUACCAAAGUCGGCGCGCGCCGCCCUCGCCCUCUUCAACUCGGCGCAGGCCCAGGCACAAAAGGGUACACAGCCGCUCAGUGGCAGGCGUAGGCGCGUCAUCCGUGCCGAGGAGAUCCAGCGACUCGAAAAGGCGCGAGAGGAGGAGGCUCAGCUGGCGUUUUCCCGUCUACGCGAUCGCGAGCCGGAAGUCUUUGUGCCUGGAUGGUGGCGCAGCGACGUCUCCCUCGGCGAGACGAUGCCCGUCACGGACGGCACGUCGGCGUCGGGCCCAGCGCGCGAACGUCACGGCAUCGACCCGGGCGUGGACAGGGAGGAGCGCGACUAUCGCCAUCACGUCGUGGCGGAAUGGCUCGAGCUGGCUAAGCGACUCAUCGACGGCUAUCGAUCCAUGACGUGGCUGUUCCCGCGCAAGAGUCAUGGCACCAAGGGGCGCGUCGCGGGGGCUGGAGCUGGGGCUAGGAGGGCUGAUAGAAGGGAGGCGGCAGCGGCUGUUGGGCUCGCGAGGCAGAGGGCCAACGCACAGCUGAAUACGGACGAUCGUGUCAACAACUUGAUCUCGCGUAUUCAGGAUACGAUGCUCGACGAGACGACGACGCACAGCGAGGCGGGCAGCGUGAGCGGCGUGAGCGGGGCAGCACCUAGGCCGGAGAUUCAGACGUUCCGCGGCAUCCACUUCGACGACUGGCUCACCCUCAUCAUGCAAUACUCCUUCCUCCUCACCAAGACGGGCAAGCACGAAGAAGCCCACCAGCUCCUCACCCUCAUGUCCACCUCCCUUCCCAUGGCCCAGACGUCGCCUGCGCAACCCGCGGGCCCGCCGCCACGCAAAAUGGCCCUACACCUCUGCAUCGCCUCAUGCGCCCUCUACGCGCGCGACUACCAUGCCGCCGUCGACGGUAUGCGCUACCUCAUGUUCCGCUUCCAGUUCAACAACGGCCCACUCCGCGUCCAGGCCAUGCUCGGGCAUGUCAUGGGCUUCUACGGCUUGGACGCAUUCUCCGAGACGCGCAUUGCCAAGAUGGUCGUGCGACGCAUGCGUACGCACGAGGCGCUUGUGGCGGGUAGGCCGUGGAGCUGGACGCACGGGGAGAAACGCUACGUCAUUCGCGAGAAGUUGGGGAAUAGCAGGGUGCUCAAGCAAGGAGGGAGCGAGGGUGGUAUGCGAGCGUACUCGGCUGCGACGAGCUCCAAGGCCGGGUCGACGACGUUGGGCGGGAGUGACGACGGUGGAGACAGCGAUGAGGACAGCGACGAUGACGACGACCGAUCAGCCUCCGACCGAUCCGCCUCCGACCGCACUCCCAGCGUCAGCGGGCGAGGCGACGACGGCGCGACGUCCACGUCUGCCUACAACUACGGCACCACCUCGGUGCCCAAUCCCGCCCCUGCUCACGCCGAACCCUACCCGACCAAAUUCACGCCCGUCGCCGAGCUGUACUACUCCUUCUUCCUCAUCGCAUCCGGAUCCUACCAAGCCGCCCUCUCCUACGCGUUGCGCGCCUACUCCCGUGCACCGAGCGACCCGCUCGUCUGCCUAGCCGCGGCAUGCUGCUGUCUAGCGCGUAUGACGAAUCGACAGGUGGACAAUCGACAUCACUUGCUCGUACAGGCGAUGGGCUUCUUGACGCUCUACCGCAAGUUGAGGGGGGCAAGCGCCUUGACUGGGGCGCACGCCGAGGGCGCAAAGCAAGGUCGCGUAUCGAGGGCGUCGCUCGAGGCUAGCUAUAAUGUGGGGAGAGGUUUUCACGCUGUUGGGCUGCUUCACAUGGCCGUCCCGCAGUACGAGGCCGUGCUGCAGAUGGAUCUGGACGCGGGCGAGGGCACGACGGGCUUCGACCCGUAUCGAGAGGCGGCGUACAAUCUCGCCCUCAUCUACACGAUCAACGGCAACGGGCGUGCGGCCAGGCUUCUCCACGAGAAGUACCUCGUCAUUGGGGCGUAG